CUUCUCAUGGAUCACCCAGGUUGCCGGUGAGGGCUGGCAGACCAUCCAAAAUAGAAAAAGCAAGGAAAUGUAUAAACAAUGUGCUUAUUGCUUAAAACACCGCAACUAUUUUGGAUGGUCUGCCAGCCCUCACCAUGAGCACCAUGAGCAAUAACAGACAAACUGCAUUUUAAUCGGGAAUGGAAUUAUUUUAGUUGCGCCCAUUUUAAAUGUGUUGAGCCCAGUUGAGUCUAUUGGAUUUGUCUUUCAGUUAAACCAGUCUAGUUAAUGCUACGUGGUAACACUGCCGCCCAGCAGUCCUGACAACGCCGACAUUUCCUGACUUGCAUCUGAACGUUCAUCACUGCAAUACAAGGCGACAGCACUCUGACAGAAGACUGCAUCUCUCAUUUCCAAAAGUAACAUGGGGUUUCUUCUCGUUCUAUUGCUAAGUAUCAACACAGGAAUCAGGGCAGAACCUUCAGUGGACCAGUAUGAGUUGGAGGGGGAUUCAAUAUGUCUGGUUGUUGCAGAACCUCCUGAGAUGAUCAACGGACUUCAAUGGAGGAAGGACAAUGAUGUAAUAUUUGGAGACAAAGAGAUCUCUCCUAAAUACAAGGAGAAGGUGGACUAUAACAAUGAUAACCAUUCUCUGUGUAUUAAGAAUCUAAUGGAAACUGACAGUGGAAUUUACAUGGUAAACUACAGGAAACAUUGGAAACAAUCAACUACUACAUAUAGACUGUUAGUGGAGGAUCAUGUUCCCAAACCAGUCAUGGAUGUCACAUCUCUCCUCAACACAAGUGUGGGACUCUGUGAUGUCACAGUGAACUGUUCAGUUAAAGAUGGCUGGAUGUUGUCUGUCUGUGACAGCGGUCAGUGUACACUGUCACAACAGUCUCCGUCACUAACCGGUGGUAACGUGACCAUCUCCGUAGUGACUGGAAGGAUCCAAUGCACCAGCAGCAACCACGUCAGCACACAGACCAUCUCUCAACCCAUGGAGGACUGUAAGUACCAUUUAGCCUCCACCUUCACUGUAACCACACCACUCUCCUGUCCAGAACCACACCACUCUCCUGUCCAGAACCACACCACUCUCCUGACCAGAACCACAGCACUCUCCUGA